GGGGCACGGGGCACGGGCACGGGCACGGCCGGGGCUGAGGGGCGAGCGGACGGCCUCUGGCUCCCCGUGUCCCGCCCCGUGUCCCGCCAGCCCGACUCGGGCCGGGACAGCCUGCAGCCACUUCCUGCCGCUCCCCGCCGCGGGGCCUGGCGCAGACCGGGCUGCGGGCUGCUGAUGCUUCUCUGGUCGCCUGUGAUAAAAAGUGUUGAGGGGUGGAAUUUUUGUCCUCGCUGCCUUGACCUUCUGCUUUAGUACAGGUCCCGAUCUUGAGGCGGCAACCUGUAAUUGUGCCCGAGUGCCGCUUUAGACGUGCGGUUUUAUAAAGUAUACUUUUUGCUCACUUCUGAGUAAGAGGCCUCCAGUUGUGUAGAAGGAGGGUGGUUGUAUAAUACGAGUGUGUCCCUCGUAUUAAGCCUGUGUCUUCGGCAGGUAGCGGCGUAGGUCAGUGUGUUUAGGAUGAUGGCACACACUCUUAGUAGUUUAACCCCAGCAGGCAGCCCAGCCCCGGCCAGCUGCUCCUCGCUCCCUCACGAGUGGGGCUGGGGAGAGAAGGGGAAGGGUGAAAAGGCAGAAAACUCGGGGGCUGAGAUAAAGAUAAUUUAAUGGGUAAAUCAAAAGCCGUGCACACAAGCAAUGCAAAACAAGGAAUAAGUUCACUACUUCCCAUGGCAGGCAGGAGUUCAGCCAUCUCCGAGGAGAGCAGGGCCCCUUCACAGGUGAUGGUUACUUGGGAAGACAAAUGCCAUCACUCCAAACAUCCUCUUCCUCCCACUUUGUAUAUGCAGCCUGAUGUCAUUUGGUCUGGAAUAUCCCCUCAGUGCAUUUGGGUCACCUGCCCCAGCUGUAUCUCCUCCGUGCUGUGUUCAGCAGAAAUCCAAAACACAGCCCCAUAUUAGGCACUGUGAAGAAAAUUAAUUCCACCCCAGGCAAAACCAACACAGCAUACCACGGUUGAUCAACUCCAUAAUGUUAUCUCAAAAUCUGUGCCAAGUUUGCAAAUGUUUGUUUCUGCGGAAUUUGAAACUGAAUUCAGUAAAUGUGGUCGGCUUGGCCAGAAGGAUCCAUUCUUCACCGAAAAAGCUUUCUGACUCUGAGUCAAAGGAACAAACUGUCCAGAAAUGUGAAACUGAAGAUUUACCUCAAAAUGCAGAAAACAGUAAUUUUGGAAGAUUGCACAUACCAGUGAUGCUGGAGGAGGUUGUUAAUUGUUUAUCCCCUCAGCCAGGUCAGCGGUUCCUUGAUAUGACAUUUGGAGCUGGAGGUCACACAACAGCUCUUUUAGAGAAAGCCAGCGACAUCACCGUGUAUGCACUAGACAGGGAUCCUACAGCCUAUAAAAUAGCUCAGCAGCUUUCAGAGGCCUACCCGAAACAGAUUCAACCUCUUCUAGGACAGUUUAGCCAGUCAGAGGCUUUGUUACUCUCAUCUGGGGUUGAGCCAGGGACUCUGGAUGGCGUUCUUCUGGAUGCUGGCUGUUCUUCUAUGCAAUUUGAUACCCCUGAAAGAGGUUUUUCCCUGCAGAAGGAUGGACCUUUGGACAUGAGGAUGGAUAGUGACAGGUACCCUGACAUGCCCACUGCUGCCGAUGUUGUGAAUGCUUUAGAUCAACAGGCGCUUGCGUCCAUCCUGAGGACAUACGGGGAGGAGAGGCACGCAAAGAAAAUCGCCUCAGCCAUCGUCCAGGCACGCAGCAUAUACCCCAUCACCAGAACCCAGCAGCUUGCAAGCAUUGUUGCAGGUGCUUUUCCAGCAUCAGCACUCUAUGCACGGAAGGACUUGCUUCAGAGACCUGCUCAUGUUGCUACCAAAACCUUUCAAGGCCUGCGAAUAUUUGUAAAUGAUGAGCUCCAUGAACUCUUCAUAGGAUUGAAGACAGCUGAGAAGUUCCUAAAACCUGGAGGUCGCCUUGUAGCCCUCUCCUUUCAUUCACUAGAAGAUCGUAUUAUCAAACGUUUUCUUCAUGGGAUUGACAUGACAGAAAAGCACAAUCUUGGCUCAAAGCAGAAGAUAAGGCAGGCUCUGAAAAAUUCCUCCAAACGAGAAGAUACGCAAGAAUCUCCCUGUGGAAAAUCCAACUCAAAAUGGAGUUUUUUACAGAAAAAAGUUCUCACACCCAAGGCGGAGGAUAUUGAAACAAACCCAAGAGGAAGAUCAGCCAAGCUAAGAGCUGCUAUUAAACUAUAAACCAAAAUAAAUGAUUACAUGAUUGUAUAGUUUCCUUAAAUUCUGUUUUCCAGAAUGCUAACUGGACAGAUAGUAUCAAACAAAAAUAAAAUGAAGGCUAUUACAAAACAUUUCUUUCUUACCUUUGUGCUUCUUUUCGAUUAUGAAGUAGUAUAGAGCAUAAAAAUGCGAAAUAAAUGGAUAUAAGUGGGUGUCACUAAUUGUACAAAAAAUACAUCUUUUUUUAAAAGUGCAUCAAACAUCAGUCUUAUAAAAAUUGCAGGUUUGAUGUAUUUGUAGUAUCACUUUAGAUAAAUUUCAAAAUCCUGACAUUAACAGUCUAAAUUCAGUAGCUGAUUGAGAAAUAUUUUUAUGGGGAUGAAUUUCACACACCUAAUUCAGAUGUCUGGUUUAGUCUCGAGUAAGUUUAAACUAACCUAAGCAUUCUUAAUAUAUCUAUCACUGUAUCCCUAACUUGUUGCAUGAAUACCUAUGGGACAACAGCUAGUUCUUAAAUAAAGUGACAUCAGUAUUCCACGUUCUAUCCAGGAGUUUGUAAAUGGACUCUUACCUUUUUUAAGAUCAGUAUUUACAUCUAGGUGAUCACCUAGUUGUUUAAUGAUUAAUAAUUGUAAAUAAUAAAUGUAUCUUGGGGGGAAAAAGGGUUCUUACAAAAACAUUGUUGGCACUUGUACACUACAGUACAACAGUCAGAUUUGUACUUGUACUGAAUUUCUUCCUGCAACCAUAACUUCUGUACAUAGAUCCACUACAACUUUUAGGUGUUGAUGGAAUUAUAAUUAACCCAUGAAGAACCAGUUUUGUGGGUCUUAUGAACUAUUCUCCUUUGCUGGUGAUUGUUUAUUUAGAGGUAAGUAUGAAAUUAUUUUAGGAAAGGCCCACUCUUAACACUAGCUGUCUGUUUGGGUGCUAUAUUAGGUUGUAGAACAUUUAACAUAAUUUCUUUUUUAGUUACUGUGAAUUAAAUUUAGAUUUGGGUUUAUAUUUUAUCUUAAAAAACCACUGGAUUUUUAGCUGUAUAUGCUAAAAAUGAAUGGAAAAUCGUGUAAGUUUCAACUUCUUUGACCUCUGAUUCAUCUCUUCAGGAAAAAGUCUUAAUUUAGAUAAUCAAAUUGGUACCAAGAUUUUGUUUGUGAUGUCUGAAACUUGGUUGGUAAAAUAAAAAAAAAAUGCAAUUUCUGACUCAGGGAAAUGUCUACUACACUGGCUUCUGAACAGCUGUCUGGAUCAUUCUGAACUUGAUUUUCAUCAAGCAUCCUCUUUGUGUUCAUGUAAACGAUUACUUCACGGUAGUUUUUUGGGUCAUAUUGACACAAGUUGAUAUUUAGCUUCACUAUAUACAAUAUAAUGAAAUAGCUGUAUAUUGUUUAAUUCCUUGGUAGAGGUAAGUCAUAUAUAUAAUGUAUUCUUAGAUAUAGAUGAUAACAUUUAUCACUAAUCUGAAAUAACAGUUAAAUGAUGAUGGGAAUUUCAUUCUUUUCUGAAACUUCAAUAUUUUGCCACUAGCUUCAUUAUACAUGCUGCUUAAAUAAAACAUUCCACUUCAA